UUAUUUUAGAAAAUUUGUUUUACUUCAACCACCAAAGCUUUUCUUUUCAAAAAGCAAACAAAUUUCAAUGUCAUGUUUAGUAAAAUUUAUGGGUUUGGACAAGAAUUGCAUGGGCUUUUAAAGUGCACAAUAAUAAACAAAGGGCUUAAAUUCUAGGAAUUGGAAAGGAUGAACAACUGUCACAAAGCCAGAGGUUUUGGUUUAUUAUAAGAAAGAGGCCAAGGCUUUGGGUUCUCUGACACUGACUACAACAUCUUUGUUUCUCAACCAACACCGAAUCUCCACUCCAAGAUCGAGACAAGUAAUUCAAAUUUCUUAAAUCCCUUCUCUCCCCAGAUUAUUUCAUUUCUUAUAGCAAUUUCACUCAUUUUAAGCUUACAACUUGCUCUAAUGGUAGAUAUAGCAGAUUGCUGCAGUACUGAGUAGCAAAGAAAAUGAUGGCUACUUGCAAGGAAGAUAUACAAUGGAGUGGAAAUAAAAUGGACGUUGAAAAGGGUUUGAAAACUUUAGAGUGCUUAAGAGGAAGAUUGCUUGCAGAAAGACAGGCUUCAAGAUCAGCCAAAGAAGAGGCAGAGCUUAUGGGGGAAAAGCUGUUAAAGUUGGAGAAUCAGAUUAGAAAGGAAACAGAGCUAAGAAACAAAGCUGAGAAGAGGCUUGAACUCUUGAUAAAGAAGCUUGAAUCCCUCAACAAUGCUUCAACAUCAGUAACCUCAACUGCAUCAGAAAUUUCCACAAAUUCCUCACCCUCAAAGGAAACAGAAAGCCAAGAAUUAAAAUCAGAGAAACUCGUUUCAACAAUUCCGGAAAACCAAUGCCAGAAAAUUCUCAAUAUUACCACAUCCAAACAGCACGAUGAGAAAAAACCUAAUCGAAAUACACCGGAUCGACUCAAUUCAAUUCCCAACUCCGAAUCUCCGAACAAUUUCUACAUCGAUCCGCGGCAUACCUCUGAAAUCCCUCAUACAAAAGAUCAAAGUUUUUCAGUAGAAGUAAAGGAGAGAAAACAUUACAUAGAUAACUUGGCAGAAUCAGUCCCCGGAGCAGCGCCGAUGGCGAAUUCAGAGACCGGAGCGAUGAAGAUGAAGGAAAUCCAUGAGAGGGCAACAGAAGUUCAUGAUGCUCUGAAGCACAUAAGAGGAAAUGUCCAAAGCUCAUUUGAGAGAAGAAAUCACAUGAAAGCCAUAUUGAGUAUGUAAAUUAUACUAUUUUAACUUUUCUCGAAAAAAUAAAAAUAAAAGAAAUAAAGAUAUUAAUAUUUCAAGCA